AUUGGAAACGAGUGGUCUAAAUUAGAAGCAUAUUCAGGGAAAAGAAUCCCAGUCUUUGCCCCCACAAACUGCAAGCAGAGCCGAGAGCUCACUCUGCAGAAACAUGGCCACGGUUGCCUCAGGAAGUACUACUUUAGGACUCAUUAGUCCCCGUACUCUCAAAUCAAAACCCCCAUCCUCAUCCCCAUUUUUUGGCAAAAAACUGAAACUAAAAUUAACCAAACCCUCUUCAAAAAUUAACACUAUCUCAAACAUUGUCAAGUCAAAAGUUGAGUUGCUUGAUGCAGUUCGCGAUCUUGUUGUUGGUGUUGGAGUGGGGUUACCGUGCACAGUGAUGGAGUGUGGUGAUUUUAUAUACCGUAGUACUUUGCCCAAGUCCAAUGGGCUAACUGUUACUGCCCCUGGAGUAGCUCUGGCUCUUGGUGCUAUUUCUUACCUCUGGGCCACCCCUGGUGUGGCUCCUGGAUUUUUUGACAUGUUUGUGCUUGCUUUUGUUGAGAGGUUAUUUAGAACUACUUAUAGGAAGGAUGAUUUUGUUCUAGGGAAGAAGUUGGGUGAGGGAGCUUUCGGUGUAGUUUACAGGGUAUCCUUGGCUAAGAACCCUUCUUCCAAGAAGGAAGGUGACUUGGUAUUGAAGAAGGCUACCGAAUAUGGUGCAGUGGAAAUUUGGAUGAACGAGCGUGUACGAAGAGCUUGUGCAAAUUGCUGUGCUGAUUUUCUAUAUGGCUUUCUUGAGAGUUCAUCAAAAAAAGAUGGUGAAUACUGGCUUGUAUGGAAGUAUGAAGGAGAGGCCACACUUGCAGAUUUGAUGCUAAGUAGAGAGUUUCCCUACAAUGUAGAAACUAUGAUUCUUGGAGAGGUCCAGAACUUGCCUAAGGGAAUAGAAAGGGAAAAUAGAAUCAUUCAAACUAUCAUGAGACAGGUCCUGUUUGCAUUGGAUGGCCUUCAUUCGACAGGGAUUGUUCACAGGGAUAUUAAGCCACAGAAUAUUAUUUUCUCAGAAGGUUCUCGUACCUUCAAGAUCAUUGAUCUUGGAGCCGCAGCAGAUUUGCGAGUGGGCAUAAACUAUAUUCCAAAGGAGUUUCUUUUGGAUCCAAGGUAUGCUGCACCGGAGCAAUACAUCAUGAGCACACAAACUCCAUCUGCUCCCUCAGCUCCAGUUGCCACUGCUCUUUCCCCUGUCCUAUGGCAGUUGAAUUUGCCAGAUAGAUUUGAUAUCUACAGUGUUGGCCUCAUAUUCUUGCAAAUGGCAUUCCCAACAUUACGCACUGACAAUAGCCUUGUCCAAUUCAACCGUCAGCUAAAGAGAUGUGAUUAUAAUUUGAAUGCAUGGAGGAAAACUGUAGAGCCUCGUGCCAGCCCUGACCUCCGUAAGGGCUUUGUAUUAUUAGAUUUAGAUGGUGGCAUAGGAUGGGAACUUUUGACAUCAAUGGUUAGGUACAAAGCACGUCAAAGACUCAGUGCAAAAGCCGCUCUAGCUCAUCCCUACUUUGAUAGGGAAGGGUUACUAGCUUUGUCCAUCAUGCAGAGUUUGAGGUUGCAGCUCUUUCGAGCCACGCAGCAGGAUUACAGUGAAGCUGCCCAGUGGAUAAUUCAGCGAAUGGCAAAAUCUGGAACCCAGAAGGAAGGCGGUUUCACAGAAGCUCAGCUUCAGGAACUAAGAGAAAUGGAGCCAAAGAAGAAGGCAAGUCCUCAAAGAAAUGCUCUUGCCGCAGCCCUUAAACUGCAGAGGAAGAUUGUGAGAACAUUGAAUGAGAGUAUGGAUGAACUUAACCAGCGAAGGAAGAGUUUAUGGUGGAGCAGGUGGAUUCCCAGAGAAGAAUGAAGAGUGUAAAUACAGAAAUAAUUUUUUCCCCUGUUUUAUGUAAAUUUUGUGCAUUAAUUUUAACGGACUGUGAUAGUGGAAAUAGAAUAAUGACUUGGGAUGGAAGAAAUUAGCUGGUGUCUUACAGAAACAUACCUGGAAUUCUUUAAACGCACGUGCAAACUCCUUAAAUAAUAUAUUUACAGAAUGUACUUAAUGAA